AUGCCAAUCACAAUUCUACCGCCAGUAGUGGAGGACCUCGCUCCCUACCAAUCUGACUCGGAUGACUCCAUGUCCGUGGACUCCGAGCAAGACGUUGAGAUGACCGGUGUUUCUCGACCUCACAAGCGCCCUCGUUUACAAGCAAACUCGAAUAUCGGUACAGGAAUUAUCACACCAGGUGAAGUGGUCACAGAUGAUCCGCAAUGGAUGAGAGGUCAUGGUACCUUUAUGAACCCGCUCUCGACAUCGAUUAUUUCGACCGUUGCCGGUACUGUUCAAAAGACAAAUAAACUACUCUCCGUGCUGCCGUUGCGGGCGCGCUAUACCCCCGAGAUUGGAGAUUUAGUCGUGGGUCGCAUUGUCGAAGUGCAAUCACGACGUUGGAAGGUUGAUAUCGCCGCGCCACUACUCGCUCAGCUCCCGCUUUCCGCAAUUAACUUGCCUGGUGGUAUUCUGCGUCGACGAACUAGCGCAGAUGAGCUGCAGAUCCGGACAUUCUUCGGCGAGGGCGACUUGGUGAUUGCCGAAGUGCAGAGUGUGCACCAGGAUGGCUCAGCAUCAUUACAUACCCGGUCUUUGAAGUACGGUAAACUUCGGAACGGCGUGUUCCUUGCUGUGUCAGGCACUGGAGGCACUGGGGCGUCUAGCUCUACUGUGAAGGGCGGUGCUGGGGCUGCGUCUUCCGCCUCGGGCAGUGACCUAGCUGCGGCUGGAGGAUCCGGCACUGGUGGUGUGGUCCGAACUCGGCAACAGAUAUCGGUCGUGAGCACUGCCCACGGCGGUGGCGAUGUCCAAAUUAUUCUUGGGGUGAACGGUUAUAUCCAUAUUUCCAAAGUUUCUGAUGGGGAUGCUGCUGCUUCAGCUACGGAGGAUGUCUCUAUUACUCGCAUGGAAGAGAUGGUGUCGAGCUCCAUCUAUUCUAGCCAAAAUGACGACAUCCCUCCGCAGACACGCCGGGAGAUCGCUCGUUUGGCACAGUGCAUUCAGGUUUUGGUACAAAAUGGAGUGCGUGUUGAUGACGGGACGGUCAGGGCCGCCUAUGAUGUGAGUCUCCAGGUCGAUCUGGAAAUUGGUGAUGAUGAAGAUGAAGAAGAUGAAUGGCGACAGGAAGGCCGUGAGUAUCUGGAGGGCGUCAAGGCUCGACGAAUCAUCGAGUUGGUGUUGCAGCAAAAGCGGCAGUAA